AACACUCAAAUCCACCUCAAAAUCACCGCCGGAGAAACUCAGCACGAGAAGUGUGCGUCUGUUUUUCGUUCCCUUGUUCUGCUUUGGUCGUUUGAGCGUAUCCUUUCCAUAUCGCAUUGUUGGCCAACGAUGGAGUCCUGGCAACGCAAUACUCGAAUGAUGCAUCAGAUCGGGGAAUUCCUUGAUCUUGACCCCGACAAAUCCGACAUGGUGGCCGACUUUAUUGCCCUGAUUGAAGCGCUCCGGGAAGGGCUCACCCAUAUCGACGAUGGCUUUCACAUACCAGACUCCCAGAUCAACGUACUGUUUCUCACAAAACUCAAGGAGUGUGCUGGUUGGAGUGACUGGGCCACAACAAUGCUGCGAGAUAGCCGCCUAAGCGCCUCCAAUCCUGAGGAUCGGAUGUCAUUUCGAGAGCUGGCAGACCUGGCCAUGGAGCAGGAAAGGAUACGGCAAACGCCAGGGAAAGGAAGAAGAAGAGGAAACACGACUUCGGAGAGGGACUUCGCGUUUCCACAGAAGACUCCGAUACAUCCUGAUACUCUUACGCAGGAUGACAUAAAUGCCUUUGUUGUCCAACGGAUGGCCCAUGAUGAUAAGACAGACAAUCGCAGCAAAAGUGUCCGAGGACACAACAAAAGACCAAGUCAGGAAGAAAUAAACGACUAUGUGAUCCAACAGAUGCAGCGUGAGCAGGCGGGGAAGUCUCACCACCACGGGCACCAAGAGCUAGCGUCGCGCAACCAGCCUCAUCGUCGGCCAGCACAGUGCUCUUUCUGCGGUGAUAAACACCAUCAGGUCGCAAAUUGCUGGCGGCGAUGGAGGGUUGCGGUCGAGGCCCCGCAAGGCCAGUUUGUGCCGAAGCGUGUCGAAUACAAGUUUCAGAUACCGGGUCAACCACCUAUGUAUCGCUCCGGCUUCACGCUCUUCUAGAGCUUGAUUACGACGAAAAUCAUGAUUCAAAAUGCUUAUCUUCUUUGAUGGCAAAUAUGUUUGACUAGCGACUGGAAUUCGGGCAUGAGCAUGGCGUUCGG